AUGAAUAUUUUGCUUAGUCCUAUUAAUGUAUCUGAAUUUAAUUGUGUUAAGUUUUGAGAUAGUGAAAGAAAUUUGGGACAAGUUUAAAGUAACUUACAAAGGUAUAUCUCAUAUGAAAGAUACCAAGAUUGACAUCUUGGUUGUCAAAUAUGAAAAAAGGAGAAUCUAUUAGUGAUCUCGUCAAGAGAUUUUAUGAAAUAGUUAAUGAUAUGAGAAACCUUAGUAAAACCUUCUCAAAUAAAGAUGUAAAAUAAAAGUUACUCAAGAAAUUGACUGAUGACUAGAUGAUAAAGAAGAUGGCAAUCGUAGAAUCUAAGAAUCUAAAUAAUUUAACUCUAGAUGAAAUUUUUAGUACACUACUAAACAAUGAAAUUGAGGUAGUUAGAAGUAGAGCCCUCUCAGGAAAGAGAGCUACAAAGAUCACCCUCACAACAAUUAAGAGAUCAAAUGAAGAUGAAGAAAUCGCGUUGUUGUCUAAAUAGUUGAACAAGUUGUGGAAGAGAAACAACAAUCCCAUUCAAAUGAAAAGUAAGAGUUAAUCUCUUGAAAAUUCAAAAAAUCUCUAUUUUGAGUGUAAGAAACAAGGCCAUUUCAAGGCCAACUACCCACUAUUGAAGAGGAAGAAUUCAAGCCAAAGACAGUAGGCAAUGAUGACUACAUAGAGUGA